AUGGCGCCUGCACAAGGGGGUUUUUCGUGGUCGAACAUAGCCGUAGGUGCGGUUAUGAACAUGUUUGAAGUAACCACGCUUGGUCAGCCCUUCGAGGUGAUAAAGACGCAAAUGGCUUCGAACCGAACGCAAACGAUGUGGCAAGCGCUUAAGACUGUGUCGAGUCGUGGUGGUGUGCUUGGUUUUUACCAAGGCUUGAUCCCUUGGGCUUGGAUCGAGGCCUCGACGAAAGGUGCUGUACUGCUUUUUACGUCCACCGAGGUGCAGAAGGUCGCAAAAUCGCUCGGGAUGGGUCCUGGUGCUGCUGGCCUAUUCGGCGGCAUGACUGGUGGCAUUGUCCAGGCAUACGCCACGAUGGGUUUUUGCACGUGUAUGAAGACAGCUGAGAUUACUCGCCAAAAGCAGAUGGCUUCAGGAGAAGCACCUCCGUCUACGUGGAAGGUUUUCGCCGACAUUUAUCGGAGGGAGGGUAUUCGCGGUAUCAACAAGGGCGUGAAUGCCGUGGCUGUUCGUCAAAUGACGAACUGGGGAAGUCGUAUGGGCUUUGCACGCUUGGCUGAGGCCCCAGUCCGUCGUUUUUCGGGCAAGACAGAUGGCGAGAAGCUGAGCAACGUCGAGCGUGUGCUUUGCUCAACAGUUGGCGGCGCUCUGGCAACGUGGAACCAGCCAAUUGAGGUAAUUCGUGUCGAGGUAUGA